AUGGACUUCUUGAUGAGUGGUUUGGCAGCCUGUGGGGCCUGUGUGUUCACCAACCCCCUGGAAGUGCUGCAGGCCCCCAGCAUCUACCAGCGACACUACCGAAAUGUCUUCCAUGCUUUCUUCACCAUCGGCAAGGUGGACAGCUUGGCUGCCCUGCAGAAGGGCCUGGCCCCUGCCCUCUUGUACCAGUUCCUGAUGAAUGGCAUCCAGCUGGGCAUCUAUGGGCUGGCGGAGGCUGGGGGCUACCUGCAUGCAGCUGACAGCAGCCUCAGUGUGGCAGCUGGGGCCAUGGCUGGGGUCAUGGGAGCCUACUUGGGGAGCCCCAUCUACAUGGGCAUGUUUCAGGCACUGGUCGAGAUUGGCCAGAAACAUUGUCUGAUGGGACUAUGGUGCAGGGCUAUAGGCGGCCUACCCCGAGUUGUCAUCGGUUCCUUUACUCAGCUGUGUACCUUCUCUUCCACCAAGAACCUCCUGACUCAGUGGGAGAUAUUUCCUCCCCAGAGUUGGAAGGUAGCUCUGAUAGCUGCCAUGGUGAGUGGCAUUGCAGUAGUGUUGGCCAUGACGCCCUUUGAUGUGGCCUGUACAAAACUCUACAAUCAACCCACAGAUGCCCAGGGAAACGACCUCAUGUGAGGGAUGCUAGAUGUUCUGCUGCAGACGGCUUGGACGGAGGGCAUCAUGGGCAUGUACAAGGGUAUCGGCGCCUCCUACUUCCGCCUUGGCCCCCAUACCAUCCUCUCCCUCUUCUUCUGGGACCAGCUGCGAAUUCUCUACCAUACCUACACCAAAUAACCAAAAUCGACAACUCUUUGUACACUCCUGCCUUGAGACUAGGUCCUGGUGACUUCUGGCCAGGUGACCCCCCUCAUCUAUCCAUGGGAGACAGCCAAUCCUAUUCCCCAUCUUUCUCAGGGUUGAAUCACAAGGGACUGUGUCCUCCCUUCCUUAUUGCUUUAAACCUUACCUGUCAUCCCUCCUCUGUUCUUCACACACCCUCUCUCAGGGCUGAAGCAGUCACUCCAAAGUGUAUUUCCUCCCUUUCUCUGUUGCUGUGCUGAAUUUCUUCAUAGCCCAGGCACAACUUUAAAUUCACUCCUCCUCCUCCUCCAAGACCAAAGGGAAUUGGAGGGAACUGGGUGUCUUGUUAGAUGUAAAAGCAUAGAGAUUAUAUUGGUUUAUAAAGCGUUUAUUUCUUCAGAAAAAAAA